UUCUCAGAGCCCUGAAAUUCAUCUGAUAACCACUGACGUUCUCUACGCUGAUCAAAUCAACCUGGAUAACUUCUCGAAGGUCUUGAACUUUCAGCAUUUGGGUUUUGAGGGAAAACUCCUGAAAUUAGAGGUUUUGGAACUGGAUUUGAAUUUGCAGUAAGAAACAGGUCUAAACUGGGUUCGAGGGUUUGUGCUGCAGCUAUACGACAAGUUCUACAGGUUCAGGAGUCACAUCAGGAUCCAGGAUGGUUUCUGGGGUCACUGAAAAAGGUUCUGGAUUCAAGGCGGGUUCAAGGAUCCCGUCCAUGCCUGGGGUGUUUACCUCUCUGCUGGUCGUCUGGUGUUCGGUGUUUGUCGUGCCCGUUGGUUGCCACAGUAACUCCUCAGAUCUGACGACGCUGGAGCUGCCCGACCUCCACAGCAUCGACCCACCUCUGGGACCUGGACUGGACUACCUGAUCCAGACCUCGGAUGGAGAACCCCACCUGGUUCAAGAGACCGUGAACAAGCCGCCGGCCCCCCUGGAGAGAGGAAAAACCAAACACACGAACAAGAUGAAACACAAACACGACAGAAAAUCUCACUCGUCUUCUUCCAACGCCUCCGUGGUGGGCCGCGUGCGCCCGAUGUCGCUGCCGAGCUGCCUGCAGGCCACGUCGAUACAAACCGCCUUCAAGUACAUCAACACGGUGCUGUCCUGCGUCAUAUUUGCUGUGGGGAUCGUCGGAAACGCCACCCUGCUCAGGAUCAUCUCCCAAAAUAAAAGCAUGUGGAACGGACCCAACGCUCUGAUCGCCAGUCUGGCCCUGGGAGACCUGAUCUACAUCGCCAUCGACAUCCCGAUCCACGUCUACAAG